AUGCCUUCAUCACAGAUCCGCUCCUCCUCCUCCUCUUCCUCAUCAUCAUCUUCCUCCCCCUCCUCGGCAAGAUCUUCGAGCAAGGCCGACGGUGGAGGCAACGAAGGGGUGCCCGAGCCGAACCCAAGCUCUUCCGUGCUCCUCCUCUCGCCGACCAACGAGGUCCUGCUCCUGCACCGGGUCAAAACGUCGUCAGCCUUUGCCUCGGCCCACGUCUUCCCUGGUGGUAACCUGGACAGCUUCCACGACGGCGAAAUUCCGCCACCGGAUGCUCCCGAGAGGCAUCGGGACGGACCGGCGUACCGGCUCGCCGCCGUGAGGGAGUGCUUCGAGGAGACCGGAAUCCUCCUCGCCAAGCGGGACGGCCGACUGAUGGAGCUCCCGGCGGAGCAGAGGGAUGACAUGAGGAGGCGUGUCCACGGAAACGAGGUUAACUUUGCCGACUGGGUCAAGUCCCUGGGCGGCGUCCCCGAUACAGGUACGCCGUUCUACCUACACGCUCUAGAGCUCUCGCCACUCCACGGCAUGACCAUCGUGGAGCAUGUCUGGUAUGGCCUCAUCCCCUUCACGAGAUGGAUCACGCCCGUCGGCGUGCCGAAGCGCUUCACGACACAAAUGUACGUCUACCUUCUGCCGAUAUCGCGCGCGAGCGUGCCCUCGGAGAUGGUCAUUGCGACGCCCGAUAACGGCGUCGAACACACAGCCGCCGUCUUCGCCCCGCCGUCGACCUUUCUGCGCCGCGUCGCCGAUCGGUCCAUCAUCCUCUUCCCGCCGCAGUACUACCUCCUGAAACUGCUCGGCCAAUUCCUCACGGGCCCGACGGCAUCGGUGGAGGAAAGGUCGCUGCACUUUACCGCCCAGCGCAAGAAGCUGCUCUCCUUCCUGCGGCGCGUGCCCACGGCAGAGACAGAGCUCGGCCGGGCGAGUCCGACGUCAGCCAUCCCCUGGGCCGACAAGGUCAUCUGCCCCGCCCACACGCUCGUUCAGGACGACGGCCGCGUCGUUCUUGGCCUGGAGAAGCCGGGACCCGAGCUCGAGGGGACCCAGAGGGGGGGCGACUGGGAAAAGGUUGUGCUCGUCCGCUUCGGCAAGGGUGGACCGACGAACCUCGAGGUUCGUCGGAGGGUUGAUGUUUUGGACCACGAGAAGCAAGCAAGCGAGCGAUCAAAGUUGUGA